AUGGGGAUCUUUGGCAGUUUCGGGGCUCGCAACAAAGCCACUCCGCAGGUUCCUCCCGGUGCUGAGGCCAAUGCUGCAGAGGGUAGACCGAAAGGUCCCGAAAUCAGCGAUCAACCCGACACUGAUUCAUCAAGGCUGAGUCUGGAGGCUCGUAAUGAAAAAGAAAUCCAGCAACAUCCGGAUCAGGUCACCGCGGAUGCUCACUUGGGUGUCCAGAAAGUCGAAGCGGCUGCGCUGGUUUGGAGCAAGAAGGCAGUCUGGGCAACUUACGCCUGGAUUUGGGUCUGUUUCUUCCUCCUCGCCCUACAGUCGGGCAUCAGUAGCAACGUCAUCAACAACGCCUACAGCGGAUUCCAGUCGGCUCCUCAGAUCAGUACUGCGAACAUCCUGUCCAGUAUCAUCGGCGGCGUGCUCAAGCUUCCCAUUGCAAAGAUUCUCAAUCUCUGGGGUCGUGCCGAGGGUUUCCUCGUCUUCGUUGCGAUCUACACCAUUGGACUUAUUAUUCUGGCAGCAUGCAACGGGCCCGAUUCCUAUGCAGCGGGUUACGUUCUCUUUUGGAUCGGGUACGACGCAAUCUACCUGAUUCUCGAUGUCUUCGUGGCAGACACGUCCGGCCUGCGGAACAGAGCUUUCACUUUCGCUUUCGCCAGCACCCCCUUCAUCUGCACUGCGUUCACCGCCCCUCUGGCUGCUGCGUCCUUCCUCCGCAUGACGACUUGGCGAUGGGCCUAUGGAGCCUUUGCUAUCAUCAUGCCCGUUGCGUUUGCGCCGCUCGCAGUGGUCUUCAAACGGUACCAGCUCAAGGCUGAGAAGAUGGGGUUAUAUGUCCGCCAGCCUAGCGGUCGUACAUGGACACAGUCUGUGGCCCACUAUAUUCACGAGUUUGAUAUCGUCGGUGCCUUCCUGUUGAUGGCCGCUUGGGUGCUGCUGCUGCUGCCCUUCAGUUUGGCCAGUAACGGUCGUGCCGAAUACAAGAGCGCGGCCUUCAUCGCGAUGGUCGUCAUCGGGUUCUGCCUCCUCUUCGUCUUCGCCGCUUGGGAGAAGUGGUUUGCCCGCGUCCAUUUCAUCAACUACGAACUGCUGAAGCAGCGCACGGUCCUGGGUGCCUGUGUCAUGGCCGCAACGCUCUACUUCAGUUUCUACUGCUGGGAUCUCUACUUCUACAACUUCUGCGCGGUCGUUUACAACCUCAACGCCGCAAUGACUGGCUACAUGACCCAGAUUUACAACGUGGGUUCAUGCUUUUGGGGUGUCGUCUUCGGCCUCUGGGUGCGCUGGACCAAGCACUUCAAGCACACCUGUCUGUUCUUCGGCCUACCGCUUAUGAUCCUGGGCGCCGGCUUGAUGAUCCACUUUCGGGGUCAGUCGGACGACAUCGGCUACGUGAUCAUGUGCCAGAUCUUCAUUGCCUUCGGCGGUGGCACUCUUGUCAUCGGCGAGCAGAUGGCUGUCAUGGCCUCUGCGAACCGCGAGGGCGUCCCCAUGAUGCUGUCGUUCAUCGGACUCUUCUCCAGCUUGGGAGGUGCCAUUGGAUACGCCGUGGCGGCUGCCAUCUAUACAAACGUAUUCCCUGGCGCUCUCGAGUCUCGUCUCCCCGCGGACCUCAAGUCAAAUGCCACUUCGAUCUACAUGGGCGGAUACACAGUACAGCAAACAUAUCCGAUGGGCUCGGCCGCUCGUGACGCGAUCAACUAUGCCUGGGGCCGCAGCCAGAUGUAUGGUGCGGUUGCCGCUACUUGCAUUUUGAUUCUGGGGAUUCCUGCCAUUGCCGUCUGGAAGAACUACAAUGUCAACAAGCACCAGAACAAGGGUGUGAUGAUCUAA